GUGAACCAAUGUGGAUACCAUACCGAUGAGCCUCCUCUCUUCCCGCUCCAUCUCCGCCCCCCUCCCGUCUUCUCUCGCCUCCUCGCCAAAACCCUCGAGGAGACGAAACCCUCCGCUACUUCCCUCUAUUACUUCUCUCGUUCGCUCGCGUUUAAUCCAUUCCUCCGCUCCUUUCACGCCUUUGUCUCCUUCGAAAUCCAUCUCCCUCGAGAUCUCCAUCAAUCCCCCGAGAGCGGCAUGGCGGCAGCCAAAGUAUGUGUAUCCCGAUCCGAUCCCCGAAUUCGCCGUUGCCGAGACGCAGAAGUUCCAAGGCGAGCUUCGGAAGAAGCUUUUGAAGAACAAGGAGACUUUCGGCGAUGACAUCGAUGCGGUCGUGAAGGUCUGCGCUGAGAUAUUCAGUGACUUCUUGCACAAGGAAUAUGGAGGUCCGGGGACGCUCCUGGUGGAGCCUUUCACGGAUAUGUUGCUUGCACUCAAGGAGAAGAAACUUCCAGGGGCUCCAGUGGCAGCAAGGGCAGCUCUGCUGUGGGCACAAAACUAUGUUGACCAGGACUGGGAAAUCUGGACCUCCCAACAUUCCAAAUGAGAAUUUGAGGUACAUUCUAAAUGAUUUCCUUAAAAACUUACUGUUCCCUUGUGGAAUUUACCAAAUUGUUGUAAACAAUUUGCAAGAUCGAUUCACCUCAGAUAGUAAAUCUCUCAGGAGAAGGCAAUUACAUGUUUUGAAAAUCUGAACUGUUCUCUCUUUCACUCACUCACACGCAUAAAAAGAAAUAAAAAAGACAAAAAAAAGGACCUAUUCU